AUGACGACGCGUUUGCGAGUUGUGGAGAAUCAUCAGCCACCCUUGUACUCACUGCAUAGCACAAAAUGCGUCGAAAUGAUAGACCCCUUGGAUACGCUCGACGUAUUAUCUUGUGCACUCCAUGAAAUGAACAUAUACAUCACUCACGACGACGGAGAAGAACUGGGACGACAGGCUCGACUGGGUAUCUGGCAAAAGGUUUCCGUACCACGUUCGGAAAUAUGGCGUUGGUCGUUUUUCCUUAGUGAAUUCGCACUGCUCUAUUGGCGAGGAGAUGGCCUUGACAAUGAGUACCAAUCACGAUUACCCUCCAACAUAACCGAAUACAGCAAUACCGACGCAAACGAUGAUGACGAUUCAGAGGAUGUACUCGACGAAGAUAUGAGCAGCGAUGAUAGCACUGGGGGAGGGACAGAAGAUAUGAACGGCAGACAACCUGGAGGAGGCAACACAAACCUAUCACGAAAGACGUAUCCAUUCGCGUUAUCCUUUUUAACACUUCUUGGUGUCAUUCUGACAACCCUCGCGUUGGGUAUUUGA